CCCUACCACCCCCAUUUUCCAGAUGACGCGACUGAGGCCCAACCAGCUUUGUAGGAGGCGGAGUCUCCCCAGGGUCCCUCUCUGGCGGUCCUAGGGGAGGGGGCUCUGGGAGCCACGAGGCCCCUCCCUGCCUCUCUCUCCAACUCCCGGCAAGCUCUGAGGGGCGGGGAGAGAGCCAGAGGAGGAAUAGAGCUCAGGCAGCUCUGCAGAGGGGGGCAGGAGCUCCGCUGUUUGGUACCCCCAGCCCCACCGCUGUUGCCGCUGCUGCAGUGGGGACACAGGUCUCCGAGGGGACUCCAACCCCGUUAUCUUUUCCCCAAAAGUCUUGAGGGUAUGGACAACCCUCCUCACCUUUUUCCGCCCCUCUAGAACCCCCCACCAGACACCCUCAGCCUCUUUCAAACACUUCUGGUCCCAUUUCUAUCCCUCUGCUGCCCCAAUCCCCCCUCCAACCCCGCUAAGGGGUUCUAGUACCUUCUUCCUUCCCUUAGAAGUCUCAAGAGUGUGGAUCCUGCCCCAGUGUUUUUUGCCCCCACUUGACAACCCCCCCCCCAGACAUCUCUCAGGCACAUGCUGACUCCUCAGGAAUCUUCUUAGUCUCUAAACACUCCAUCAGAUCCUUCUCGGCCCGUCUGGAAGCCCCUUUUCUGCUCCUCUCCAUAUCCCCUAGCCCCUUCUCAGUUCCUCAAGACAUCGGCCAGGUCCCUCCCAGACCCUCUAGAUGCCUCCCAAGCCCCUGCCCCUGUCUCUAGUUCCUCCUCCAGGUUCCUCUUGGCCUCUCUAGACUCCCCCUGUUUCCUUGUGCGAGUGGCCCAGGGCCUCUCCAAGCCCCCACCAUCCUGGAGACAGCCACAUUCUCCUAAAGGCCACCCCCCAAGUGUCCAAAGGCCUGGGGCUCCCGGCAGGAUGGCGGCAGGCGUGGCCACGUGGCUGCCUUUUGCGCGGGCAGCCGCGGUGGGCUGGCUGCCCCUGGCCCAGCAGCCCCUGCCCCCAGCGCCGGGGGUGAAGGCUUCUCGAGCAGAUGAGGUUCUGGUGGUAAAUGUGAGCGGACGGCGCUUUGAGACCUGGAAGAACACGCUGGACCGCUACCCAGACACACUGCUGGGCAGUUCCGAGAAGGAAUUCUUCUACGAUGCCGACUCGGGCGAGUACUUUUUCGAUCGCGACCCGGACAUGUUCCGGCAUGUGCUCAACUUCUACCGCACGGGCCGCCUGCACUGCCCGCGGCAGGAGUGCAUCCAAGCCUUCGACGAAGAGCUGGCCUUCUACGGCCUAGUGCCUGAGCUUGUCGGCGACUGCUGCCUGGAAGAGUACCGGGACCGCAAGAAGGAGAACGCCGAGCGCCUGGCGGAAGAUGAGGAGGCCGAGCAGGCUGGGGAAGGGCCAGCCUUGCCGGCCGGGAGCUCCUUGCGCCAGCAGCUCUGGCGGGCCUUCGAGAACCCACACACGAGCACCGCGGCCCUGGUCUUCUACUACGUGACCGGCUUUUUCAUCGCCGUGUCGGUCAUCGCUAACGUGGUGGAGACCAUCCCGUGCCGCGGCUCCGCGCGUCUGCCUUCCAAGGAGGUGCCCUGUGGCGACCGCUUCCCGAUGGCCUUUUUCUGCAUGGACACGGCCUGUGUGCUCAUAUUCACGGGUGAAUACCUCCUGCGGCUGUUUGCCGCCCCCAGCCGCUGCCGCUUUCUGAGGAGUGUAAUGAGUCUCAUAGACGUGGUGGCCAUCAUGCCCUACUACAUCGGGCUUUUCGUGGCCAAGGGCGACGAUGUCUCAGGCGCUUUUGUCACCCUGCGUGUGUUCCGGGUGUUCCGUAUCUUCAAGUUCUCCCGGCACUCACAGGGCUUGCGGAUUCUGGGCUACACACUCAAGAGCUGUGCCUCUGAGCUGGGCUUUCUCCUCUUUUCCCUUACCAUGGCUAUCAUCAUCUUUGCCACUGUCAUGUUUUAUGCUGAGAAGAGCACAAACAAGACCAACUUCACUAGCAUCCCGGCGGCCUUCUGGUAUACCAUCGUCACCAUGACCACACUGGGCUAUGGAGACAUGGUACCCAGCACCAUUGCUGGCAAGAUUUUUGGAUCCAUCUGCUCACUCAGUGGUGUCUUGGUCAUUGCCUUGCCUGUGCCGGUCAUUGUGUCCAACUUCAGCCGCAUCUACCACCAGAACCAGCGUGCUGACAAGCGCCGAGCACAGCAGAAGGUACGCUUGGCAAGGAUCCGGUUGGCAAAGAGUGGUACCACAAAUGCCUUCUUGCAGUACAAGCAGAACGGGGGCCUUGAGGACAGUGGCAGUGGGGAGGAACAGGCGCUGUGUGUCAGGAACCGUUCUGCUUUUGAGCAGCAACAUCACCACUUGCUGCACUGUCUAGAGAAGACAACGUGCCAUGAGUUCACAGACGAGCUAACCUUCAGCGAGGCCCUGGGUGCUGUCUCGUUGGGUGGCCGCACCAGCCGCAGCACCUCUGUGUCCUCCCAGCCAGUGGGGGCUGGCAGCCUGCUAUCCUCUUGCUGCCCCCGCAGGGCCAAGCGCCGUGCCAUCCGCCUUGCCAACUCCACUGCCUCGGUCAGCCGUGGCAGCAUGCAGGAGCUGGACACACUGGCAGGGCUGCGGAGGAGCCCCGUGCCUCAGAGCCGUUCAAGCCUCAAUGCCAAGCCCCAUGGCAGCCUUGACCUGAACUGCGACAGCCGGGACUUCGUGGCUGCCAUCAUCAGUAUACCCACCCCUCCUGCCAACACCCCAGAUGAGAGCCGACCUUCCUCCCCUGGUGGCAGUGGUGGUGGCAGGGCCAGCAGCACCCUCAGGAACUCCAGUCUGGGUACCUCUUGCUUCCUCCCUGAGACUGUCAAGAUCUCUUCCCUGUGAGGGGUGGACCUGCCCAUCCAGAGGGCCCUCUUGAUUCUUGAGGGCUCCUUUCCAAAGCCAUAUUUUGGGGAGGCAGGCAGCAACAGGCCUGGGGACCCCUUCUGCCCCCCACUGAGAACUAUGCAAUGGAGUUUCAUGGAAUCACCCACCUUGUGGGGACGUAGCCAGGGAAUGGGGCACUUCCCCACCUCAGACAGUUUUCCUGGUGGGAGCUGAAUCACUGGGCUUCCUCAGGCUGCUGGCCUCCUUGCCCCAACACACUAGGACCAGGCCCUCUCUCCCAGGGGGCCUUCUGCAUGCUCCUCCCCUCGGGCCCUCAGGCUCCCACCUGAUAUCUGAGCUCUGGCCUGAGACGAAGAGGUGAGACUUCCUCUUCUCUCUGGCUGGGCUGUGGCGAUUUGGGGGUUCAGAGAAGAGAAACAUCACCUCUGAUCUGGUCCCUAGGAGAGGUCCCCACCCUUCACCACGCCCAACAACUCCCAGAUUCUGAAGCUUGGAAUGCAACCACAGGCUUCAUGGGCUGUGGCCUCAGCAGUGACCUGCCACCCCCAGGCCUUGGCUCAGGGUCAGGCUGCCUCUCCUAACACACACAAAGAUAGCACAAACACUACACCCUUCCCUGGCUGCUGGAAAUGGGUCCCCACAACCCUGUCCUCCGCUGGGCCCCCAGCAAACUCUAGCAAUAGCAGCUGCUGCCAUGACAUUAUGCAAAGCCUCUGCCCAGUUUGCUGCAGUAUAUACAUCUGCCCUAAUCAGAGGGGCCACCUCUAAUACUCCUCCUUGUCUCUGCUCCUCUGGUUUGCUUCCUUCCUGGGUUGGGCUGGAGUCUGGACUGGGUGAGAUAAGCACCUGGCAGCCAGCAAGGGCUGGGCUGGCUUUGGAGCUCAUGGGCUGAUUCCUUGUUCUUGGGCAGGAGUCCAGAACGCUGAAGCCUGGGUUGUUCUUGAACUCUGGGAGUUGUAGGAGGCAGGGGGAGCUUCUUGAUCUCCUCCUCCUCUUUCUCCUCCUCCUCCUCGUCCUCUUCCUCCUCCCCCACAAUGCCUUUUCACAUAUCCCUCUCUCUUCUCCCCCUUGGGUCACCUUCCGGAACUCUGUGUGUGCUCUCAGGCUGAUAUCUGGCAUCAUCUCAGGUUCUCUGUCCUCAACACUGUCCCUGAGGAGCUGGUGGCUGACAGAGAUGUAGUUUCCAUCAGUCAAUAAAAUCUGAGAGG